AUGCGUUCGCCAUUCUCAGCGUCUUCCUUCUCAUCCACCUCUUCCUCAGAAGCGUCGGGGGAACCCAGCACGCCAAUGAGAGCCGGCUCGCCAGCUGAUUCACAGGAUCCGCUCCAAUUAAGCCCCGUCUCGCCUCUCAAGUCACACCCGCAACUAUCAUUAUCACCAUCGUCUGCCUUCCACCACAACCACCACAACACCGGCUCCAGUCGAUUAAAGCGACGUGCCUCUCAAGGAUCCCUUCUAACAAAGCCUUCUCCCGUCUCCCGUUUUCUCUCUCGCAGCAACGCUUCUCUGCACCUGCCAUCCUUGGAAGAUUUCGGCCUUUUCUCCAAAUCCCCGACUCGGGCGGAAUCCCAGUCCAAUCCUUCCGACUCUCGUCUUCGCGUCUCCACCACCACCUCCACCGCAUCGGGCUCGCUGGCGGCUCGUGCGUCCCAGUCAACCGCCGGGGUGUGGGAGACACCCGCCGCCAAAAGUGAUUAUCUCUCCGCUCUUCCCCCGACUCCCCCGGAUGACAACGACCACGUAGCGUGGAAUCCUUCAUCCGGAAUGUUGCUGUUCGAGUCGCAUAUGAACCGGGAGCCCGGGCCAAUGGUCAUGGAUGAAGGCCCCAGCAUCGGUAACUCGCCUGGUCGAACUUCGGACGGCCUUAGCAGCCCGUCCGAUCAGCUUUCAAAUGGAUCGCCGUCAAGCUCUGGCGGUAGCCCCGGAUCUUCCGGUGACAUGGAUUGUGAUCACAAUUCAUGGCUGGAGAAUAGUAUCGAAGCAUCGAUAUCAUCUCUUCCCCUAUCUAACGGUCGCGGAGAAGCCGUGAAGAUCGUCUCACAAAUGCUUCCAUACCCACGACCGGCUGAUAAGUCCGCCCCGGUUUCAACACACGAUAGCGUAUACUGCGCCCUGGUCCAUGCGAUACAAGAUCGUCUCCGUCAUGGGCAGUCUCCAUACAUCAACAUCACCCAUGCGGUUCCCGAACAGUUCAGCCUCUCCAACUUACCCUCCUCUCCUCCACCGACACCUCGCUCGCUAUUCUCCGGCGAGGAUUAUUUUAACCCACCGGCUGUCUUCUCCAGUGCAGCCGUGGUUUCCGCCUAUCACGAUUUCCGGGGUCCGAUCCAGCCCAAGACGACGUACUCUCCGAUGCCGAUCGUGCCGCCGCACACUGUCCACGUUUCGGUCUUGGAGCGGUAUCUCCCCCCGUCGUCCCCGCAGGAAUAUAAAGACAUGUUCUCCCGGUACCGUCCGUCAUUCUUGGUCGACCGACUGAGCGAGCUCUCGCCGGACGGCGGGUCAUUAUUAUCCUUACUCCGUCAGCUUGUGGUUGUGAACGAGUUGUCCACCGACAUUGGUCGUUAUCUGGGCAAGCUUUCAUCUGUCUCGCACAUGGAAGACUUUGACACGAUGCGGCAAAACCUCUCCCAGCUCUGUUGCGAUCUGAGCUCCCCAUCAUCUCAGUUCAGCAUUGUCGAUGCCCGCAAAGGCAGUGCCCAUCUGGACCGUGAUCUGUGGACUGAGUGGUAUAUCCACCAGGAAAAGUCGCGUAUGAAAGAGGUGCUCAGCGUAUACUGGCAGAACGGCCGCCGGCUACCGGCGACCAAGGCAGUGUCGAAUAUGUCGACAAAUUAUAUUUUGGAGGAUAAAGAGGUGACUUCGGCCAUGCUCUUAGGGGAGAUCCUGGAUGGUAUCCGAAGACGGCCAUAUGGCGAGGAUUCGGAGCCUCGGGAUGGCGUUGAGUUGGGAGUUUUCGUGAUCCGCCGGACUCACUAA